AUGCAGGACAGCAACCAUUACGAGGAUUCGGCCAAUUGGGAGAUGGGGGAGGAUUAUCAGGGAAACCACACCUUGAGCUCAGAGCUUGCUCCUAUUGGAGGAAGUGGGGCUGAGGGGUGAGUCUUUUAUUUUUAAACCAUACUGAUCUCGCCCGGCAUAUACAAGUUCUCAGUCGACAGAACAUGGAAUUGCAUAUUCGACCAGUACGAAGGCCCCAAACUUAUCUGGUCAACCACAAUUCUCUGGUGAUACGUUUGUUAUCUCAGGUCCGAUUACAGUACCCGCUUCAGGGUUCUCGGAGGCUCCUGUGCCCUUCAAUUUUCAAAUUGUUGUUCCCCAGCCAGGCCUUCAAUUCGACCCCAAUGCGUUCGAGCCUUCUUCAACCUUCGUGAUCCAGCCAGCUCUUCAACAACAUCAAUGGCAAUAUGGAUUGGACUCCCAGGCUUCCCUUGUUUUUAAUAGCCAAGAGGAUUUGCCGCAGUACCCUGAGCAGCUCAGUUUCAAUUCCGAGCUUAAUUCGGUCUUUAACACUCAACCAGCUUUUGCACAGCAAUAUGAGCAACAUGGAAUAAACUUCCAAGUUUCCCCUGCAUCUGGGAGCCAGACACUUCUUCUACAGCCCCAUGACCACUUCGACCUGAGUUUGCAGCCAGCCAUCAUCAUGUGCACCCAGACUGGAUGUUUACACACUUUCACUCACGACGCAGACCGUGUCCGUCACGAAGCAUCGGUUCAUGGAGUUAAUCGCCGAGCAUUCUUUUGCCAUGUCCCUGGAUGCCCAAAGAGCACUGGAACCUCUUACUCUCGUGCUGAUAAGUUGAAAGAGCACCUUUAUAAGAAGCACGCCAACUUGGGUUAUACCAAGAGAACUUGA